UUGGAGGAUUGGCUAGUUACUCUCAAUAGGGAAAGCUACUGGAAAUCUGUGAAAAAGCUUUGAAACAUGACACUCACAACCAGCACAAGGAUUUCCUUAAAUAUGUUGCCAGGUUAGUUUUUAUAUAGUUUUAUAGUAUAGACUUAUAGUUAUAUAGUUGUUUAUAUUAUUUGUAUAUCAUCAACACAGGCUGAUAGUUGGUUUAUUUUAUGACCAGCUGUUAAAUUGCACAGAUUUGACUCCUAUGUGAAAGAAAAGCGAAGUCACAGCCUUUCUCGACGGGGAGGAGGAUUACAGGAAGGUCUCUGAGCCACAACCUAUCACACACACCAGGCUCCGGCGCACUCAAGUCUCUGCUGUGCGCGUUGUGGUUCAGAAGAUGGAAAAUAAAGUAAACGGGAGGAUGAUCACUGUCAGUACUUCGAUUGCUGAUUCCACCGAUACAAGAGUAAGUGACUUCAUUGAAGCUGGGUACAACACCAACGAGGCACCGUCUCUGACUUGCAUGUCUUCCUCCUCCGUGCGUAAUUAUGGCAACACUGGCGCACUGAUCCAGGGCAAUUCAAGCAGCGACGGAGCAGUUUUCAAAGAUUGUAACAUGCUCGAUGGUUCACUUGCUGGAAAACAUUUUUUUGACCGCAGCACUGAAUAUCUGAAGUGUGACAGUGUGCAGUGGGAAGAUUUUGUAAAAGUUCAGAGGACCAAUGUGGCCACAUCCGAAAGUUUGUCAGGCGCAAGUUCAAGCCUCUCCUCUACAACCGGAGCGUGUAAAUUCAUUAAAGAUGAAAAAGAGCCCUCUGUGAUUAUGGACACCCCGUGUCCCAAUUUCGAUCCAUCAACGCAGAUACCUGCUCUUGACACCUGCUGUGACACCGACGGGAAGCAGCAGCUGGGGCUUGGUGGUGAAGGGGAGUCGGCAGGCUUUACGCCAGCCGCGGCGGGUCCUAGACCAGGACUGGAGGGAUCUCCAAGCUUUCUGAUCGACCUGAACCAGUCAGAGCAACUUACUCCGCUGAGCCUGCAGAGGACUGACUCCAGGUGCGGUUUGUCCGGGAAGGCUGUGAUCGACUUUGAUGCCAACGCGCACACAGCAACGCAACUGACAGUGUACAAGAAUGAGGUUCCCCGUUGGCAGACGCGGACGUCUCCGGCUGAGCUUCAGUACUGGUGCCAGUCCGCAGGGAUGACGGAGGACCCUUUUACACACAGCGGCUAUAAUGGGAUCCAGAACCAGGCUUUGUCUCAGCGGAACAUCUCACCUUUCGCAGCAUUCCCCGGUAUGCCACCUCAGAGACUGUGUGUGAUCUGUGGUGAUGAGGCUUCUGGUUGCCACUAUGGAGUCUUAACCUGCGGGAGCUGUAAAGUGUUUUUCAAAAGAGCAGUCGAAGGCCAUCAUAGCUAUCUCUGUGCUGGCCGAAAUGACUGCAUUGUGGACAAAAUCCGAAGGAAAAAUUGCCCUGCGUGUCGCCUCCGAAAGUGCUAUCAAGCAGGAAUGAUGCUUGGAGGCAGGAAACUGAAGCGUUUUGGGGCCUUGAAAGCCUUGGGGUUGGCCCCGUCCCUGAUGUUCCAGUCUCACUUGGCCAUGUCCAGUGACAAUGAAGCCCUGACCUCCAUGUCUUGCAUACCAGGCAUCCGUGAGGUGCAGAUCUCCCAACAUAUCAUCAAUAUCCUGGAAAACAUUGAACCAGAGACCGUGUACUCCGGUUAUGACAGCUCCCAGUCCGAUGUUCCCCAUAUUCUGCUCAACAGUCUCAACAGACUCUGUGAGAAACAGCUGCUGUGGAUUGUCAAGUGGUCCAAGUCUCUGCCAGGAUUUCGGAACCUUCACAUCAAUGAUCAAAUGACCCUCAUCCAGUAUUCAUGGAUGAACCUGAUGGUGUUUUCUCUCGGGUGGCGUUCCUUUCAGAAUGUCACCAGUGAAUAUUUAUACUUUGCACCUGACUUGGUUCUUAGUCAGGAGCAAAUGAGGAGAUCUCCAAUUUACGACCUUUGCCUGGCGAUACAGUUCAUCCCUCAGGAGUUUGCAAAUCUUCAAGUUACACGGGAGGAGUUUCUUUGCAUGAAAGCCAUAAUAUUACUCAACACAGUGCCUCUUGAGGGAGUCAAAAGUCAGGCAGCAUUUGAAGAGAUGAGACAAAACUACAUUCGGGAGCUGACCAGGGCCAUCCACAUAAAGGAGAAAGGAGUGGUGGCCAGCUCCCAGCGAUUCUACCACCUCACCAAACUGAUGGACGCCAUGCAUGAUAUAGUGAAGAAGGUCAACCUGUUCUGUCUGAGCACCUUCAUCCAGGCAGACGCCAUGAGAGUGGAGUUUCCAGAGAUGAUGACAGAGGUCAUUGCCUCCCAGCUUCCCAAAGUCCUGGCAGGAAUGGUGAAGCCCCUCUUGUUCCACACCAAGUGAUAAUGCCAGCACAGACAUCACGACUCUGUGGAGACAUCUUGUGACUGGAUUAUUCACCCCACAAUUACUGGAUUCUUCAUAGCCUUCACUAAUGUAGCCAGUUAUCUAUACUUUGCCAAACUGCCUCUAAUGCUCUUUAGCUAUUUCACUUUAUGUGGUUAAACAGAAUCACAUUCCUUCAAAUGUUUUUAGUAGAGAUAUCUUUAACAUCAUAAAAUCAGAGGAAUCAAUCAAUAAAGCUCCUCUGUAUAAAUAAACCUCAAAUCUGGUGUAGCCACCCUUUCCCCAUCUACAUAUUGUGUACAGAUGGUACUAGACGAUAUAGGUGAUAGUGAUAUUUUCGUGCUGAAGCUGCAAAAAAAGAAAAAGACAAGCAAAAACCAAACAAAAAAAUAUAUAUAUCAUAAAAUAAAAAACAUGAAAUAUUUCUGACCAAACUUUUCUUGUUUGUAAGGUAGAAAUGCAGGAGACACUAAAACUUGCCACUUAAAUUAAUGAAAUUCUGUUAGGGUAGGCAGCACUGAGUCAGAGUGAGACACCGCAUUUAUUCUAGGGAGGAGAAACUGGGAGGAUUACCUUAAAAUAUUUGUAAAAUCCCGUCUGUACACUUAAAUGAAUUACAAGCGCACAUCUCUACCAAGGCUGCACAAUGCUAUAAAUGUGUUAUUUUUAUAAUAAAGCAUAUUUAAAAGAUUUGAUCUUACUCAUGCAAAUGCAGUAGGCCUAGUUCAUGAAAAAAUAGCAAUAUUUAGAAACUCUUACAAAAAGCUGGAUCAGCAUUCAGAUCUGUGCAAACAAUGAAUCAUAGUCUUACUUGUACUGUGGUCUUACUUUAAACCAAUUUUCAUUGAAGUCAGUGAGUUGUCCAGCCGACAGAGACAAAGAAAUGAAUCUAAAAUAAUAGUUCCCCUGUGAAGGUAAUAAAAAUGUGCAAAAAAAAAAAAGUUGAUGUAGCUAAGGAUGGGAAGGAACAUUCAUCAAACUGGAAGACAACUAAAUUAUCUGUCAGACUAAUCCUAGCUUUCAACCAAAAACACAGCAGAGGAUCUAAAACUAGGGAUGCAAGAGACAACUGUAUUAAAACUUCUAACAUCCAAAUCACUUAUAGUACAUUCUGACUCCUGAAAAUGAUUUACACGUUGAAUUUAGAGUUCCUCGUUGGCAGUGAGCGCAAGUUAAAGUUUCUAACUGUGACAAAGAAUUUGGACCACAGGUCUAAUAAAUCACGCUGUUUAUUUAUAUCGACAUGCUAAUACACCGUCAAGACACAGUAGCUGAUUGCAUGGAAACAAGCUUGCCAUAUAAAAAAAAACAAACAACAAAACAGAAUGCCAAAUGUUACAUAUUCAGGAUGUGGAUAUGAUUUCCGUGACAUGCCCCUGCAAAUUCAGACUGUAAGGGAGUAUUAUUCCAGCAUCACUGUUCAAGGCCACCUCACAUUCUCGUAGAUGUAAAUGGAAAAGAACAUCCUGAUCUUGGCAAGUGCACAUUCUCAAAUACCUUCCCAAAUACAUUUUUCAUCCCCCAGAGUAAGAUUUAAUUUUUCAGUUUGUAAUAACUGAAGGGCAAAAAGCUUGUUGAUUAUUUUUUUUUCUUUAAUCUUUUUUUUUUUUUUGGAAAUUGUAUCGCUUCAGUUAACUUUUUCAAUAAUAAUGAACUUUGUAUUUUGAAAUGUUGUGACAGUUAUAGAGAAUACAUGUCUAGUUGUCAUUGCUUGUACACCAGUGUACCAGUGAGUACAGUACCACAACAGGUAUUAAAGGUGAAGGCUUGCCCUCAUAAAAAUAGCAUUCAUGACAUUAUAAAAACACAUUUUUACGUAUGAAAUAUAUUUGAUGUGAUAAUUUAUAAUAAUAAACUGUUACAAGAAGUAAAUAUUUUUGAUUAGCAUUUACAGAAAAAAAACUCAAGAGCAUUGAUGUACAGUACAGUACUGUAAAGCUAACCAGAAAGUGCACUGCAGCAGUGAGCAGGUUCAGUGGAUGAACAAUGAUCACAGGCCAAAAACAUAAAAGUUAAGGUGCAAAUCCAUUAUGCUCUUUCUAUUUGAUUAGAUAAGUAUCUUUAUUUUAAAUCACAGUUUGUUCAGUUACAGUUAUUACAAAAUGUUUAUGAAACUACAGAUUUCCAUUAUCAACUUGAGUGUUAUGCUGACAUAGUGGGAAGUCAAAAGAUAAUAUAUUUCUGAGAAUAAAAUUUGUGAAAUGGGA